UACCUAUACGUCGAUACCAUUUUAGAGAUAUGAUAUCUUAUCACCAAGCAUGGUAUCUUACGAUUGCGAGACACGAAGAUUAGAAGAUUAAUUAAUAGUCCUAUCUAUUACAAGUGACCAUUGCGAAAAUUAUAUCCACACGCGAGAUCAUUGCCAGCGUCAAAGGCCAAGGUUCGGAGGAAUCAGCCCCUGGAUAUGGCUUCCGGCACUAAGACUAGAUCCGCCAAAACAUAGCCGUAGAGAUGCUCAGCUAGGAAUAGCAUACAGUUAUUACUUUAAACCAUAGUUUCGUUUAUCAUAACCCAAGGAACCUCUUCACUGAUCUCCGCCUGGUGCUUACGAUUCUUCGUACUCAACAGUAUUUUGCAGAGUUCUCUGCAUAGAUCGGUAGGAUGUAUCCUCUACAGGACUACCUUCCUAUCCAUAUUCCUUUACCUAUUACUAUCCUCGCUACUAUUGCUGUCUCUAUCUUGGUAUUACGGAGUCAAACAAUACAGACAUGUUUUAAGUCCUUACUUUCUGGCGUAAUUAACACAAUACUUUCGAACCACUACAAAAUUAGACAUGUUGAGAAUGGCUCUCAUCUGCCAUCACUUCCAUACGUUUUCCCCAAUGGUCAAGGAAAUGUCGAGAAAUUCCUGAACGGGCGCGUGAAUAGCGCCAAGUGGGAGAGCGAGUAUGGGAGUCUUUAUCGCCUAUGGUCUGGGAUAAAGGGUGAGGUUGUCUUGACCAAGCCAUCUCACGUAGAGCUCGUGUUUCGCGACUCUCACACCCAUAUCAAAGCGCACGCUAAUGAUAGCGGGUACCUCAUGGAGCGCCUUCUCGGCUCCUGUCUUGGUCUCAUCAGCGGCUCGUCCUGGAGCGCCGUUAAGGCCGGUGUCGAAGCGCCUUUUCUGCACCGCUCGGCGAGCAAGUAUGUCGCCGAUGUGCAAGACUUCACCAAGAAAUACAUGAACACUCUGAGCGCAAAGAGCGGUUUGCUCCGGGAGCAUGGAAAGUUGCACCCUGUGCGCGACCUAAAACUGCUUCCGUUCCUUUUCGUCGCGAGAGUCGUAUAUGGGCCGCUGGACGCGGGAUUGGAACGGGAACUUCGGGAUCUGAUCCCGGAUAGGGAGGAUUUAUUCAAAAGCGUGAUUAGCGGAGGCAUCACUAGAUUCCGCAUAGCACAAUUCCUUCCUCUACCAGCUGUGCGCGCCCUUCACUACUUUAAACAGCGCUGGGCCGACUGGAACGACCGAGCAUAUGCGCAUGCUCUCAAUUUCAAGGAAGCUGGAGAAGCGUCUAUCAUUAAGAUGUACGAAGCUGUUGAGAAAGGUAGCAUGUCGCGUGAGGAGCUCCUGCAGACUCUCGACGAGAUGAUGUUCGCCAACAUCGACGUGACUAUGGGCGGCAUGUCGUGGACCCUCGUGUUCCUUGCAACGCAUCCCGGUGUGCAGAAAGCAUUGCGCAGUGAGAUACGCGCACAUUCGAUGGAUGCAGCGACGCGGAACGCUUACCUCCUCUCAUCGUGGACGACGACGCCAACUCUCCUCGGAGCGUGUAUCCUCGAGUCUGCACGCUUGCGUCCGCUUGCCGCAUUCUCCACACCCCAGGCCUGUCCGACGCCGCGUAUCCUCGACGGUUACGAAGUACCCGCCGGUACUAACUUCGUCGUCGACUCGUACGCACUAAACAUCCGGGACCCGUUCUGGGGUGAAGAUCGGGAGAGAUUUCGGCCGGAACGGUGGCUCGAGCGUCAGAAGAGCGGCCGAGACUUGAGAUAUCGGUACUGGCGGUUCGGAUUCGGGCCACGCACCUGUCUAGGGAAAAAUGUCGCAGAGUUGGUACUGAGGAGCGUGGUAGUUGAAAUUUUAGAGAAUUGGAGUAUCUCGUUAGAUGGUAAGACGAAGCAACAAGGCGAAGAGAAGAAGGUUGCUGAUGAGGAGAAUAUGGAUUGGCCGUGGGAUGAUGAGAUGUGGAUUCAUCAUCCGGAUCUUUUGCUGAGAUGCGAGCCUACGACAGAAUAACCUACGAGAAUUUCAAGUAGGUUAAAAAGGUGCGCAUUGUGUUAGUUGUAACUUAUGAGCUAUUCAUAUGGUACCUAUAUAAUUGAAUGUGG